GGAAAAAGCUCCUAUAAUUGUGAGCUUUAUCAGCUUUUCUAGUUUGUUAGCUUUCCUAUAAAAUAAAAAAUGGGGCAUUUUCAGAUUUCACUUUUAAAUUAAAACCCUCUUUUGAACUCUCUUUUUACAAUCUUACUCUCAGAGUUGCAGUGCCUGGAAAAAAAUGGGGAGAGCUUCAAGGUGGCUAAAGAGCUUGUUUGGGAUAAAGAACAGUAAAAACAGCUUCAAUCCCAGAGACGGGAAAGACAAGAAAAACUGCGGCAUUGAACAUUCAGUGGGAGAUUCAAGCAUUUCCCCAGAAAAGGUUGCGUGGUUAAGAUCGUGCUAUAAUGAAACAGAGAGGGAGCAGAACAAGCACGCCAUUGCUGUGGCUGCCGCCACUGCUGCUGCGGCGGAUGCAGCAGUAGCCGCCGCGCAGGCUGCAGUGGCGGUGGUGAGACUGACUAGUCAUGGUAGAGGAACCAUGUUUGGUGGUGUACAUGAGAAGUGGGCUGCUGUCAAGAUUCAAACAGUUUUUAGAGGUUAUCUGGCUCGAAAAGCAUUACGAGCUUUGAAAGGAUUGGUGAAAAUACAGGCACUUGUUAGAGGAUAUUUAGUGAGGAAACAAGCUUCAGCUACAUUUCAUAGCAUGCAGGCAUUGAUGAGAGCACAAGCCACAAUUAAAUCCCAGAAAGCUCGUGCAAUCAUUAACAAUGACGCUAUUAGAUUUGACAUCCGAGCACGAAAAUCCAUGGAGAGAUUUGAUGAUACAAGAAGUGAACACACCGUUCCGAUCCAUAGCAGACGAUUAUCGGCUUCUCUCGACAUCGAUGGAAGUCCCAAAAUUGUGGAAGUCGAUACAGGCAUCAAGCCUAAAGCAAGAUCUCGAAGAACCAACACCAGUAUAUCAGAUUUCAUCGAUGACCAUACGUACCAAACACUGCCUUCACCACUUCCGUGUCGAUGUCCAGCCCGAUUAUCAAUACCAGAUAGUCGGCAUUAUCAGGACAUUGAUUGGGGAUUUAGUGGAGAUGAAUGCAGGUUCUCCACAGCUCACAGUACGCCUCGGUUCAUCAAUUCUUGCGCUCCGGCUACACCGGCCAAGAGUGUGUCGGGUCACAACUUUUUCAGACCCUGUGGGGAUUCUCCUAAUUAUAUGGCUAAUACACAAUCAUUCAAGGCUAAAUUGAGGUCGCAUAGUGCUCCAAAACAAAGACCGGAAGCAGGCCCGAAAAAGCGGCUUUCCCUCAAUGAAAUGAUGGAAUCCAGAAGUAGUUUAAGUGGGGUAAAGAUGCAGAGAUCAUGUUCACGAGCUCAAGAAGCUAUUCAUUUCAAGAAUGCAGUAAUGGGGAAGCUUGAUAGGUCCUUAGAAUUUGGUAAAGAUUCUGAGAGAAACCAUUUGCAGAUUAGAAGGUGGUGAUUAUGAAAAAAACGAAACAAGAUAUUUAGAAAAAAAAAAGUGUAGAAUUUACAUUCAAAAUGUGAAUGUUAUAUGUGAAGGAAUUUUGCCUUCUUUUCCUGUCAAUGAAAUGGAAUCUUGGUUCUUUUUUC